UUGUUCUCCCGGUCGGGAGGAAAACAAAAAGAAAACCCGGUCCAAUGUCUCAAACGUUGAGCGAAUCCGUUCCGUCCUCGAAGUUUUAAUACGCGUCUCCGCUCGACCGGUCCGUUAACAUCGCUUGUGUCGCCCUCUCGCCCCUUCUGGAGGUACCGGAAGUUAAAGAAAUUCCCCAAAAUUCGUCUCUCUGUGCGAUUUCUAUUCGGCUCUUUGAUUUCGGGUUGAUUUCACUUUGACUGUGGGAGUUCUGGUUGGUUAGGGUGACCCAGAAUUCCAAAAAAAAUGAGGGGUCGUGUGAGAUGGAAUGAGACAAACUUGGAUGAGAUUGAAGCAAAUAAACCAGUAAGGCAGAAAAUCACUGAGCCUAAGACACCAUAUCACCCUAUGAUUGUUGAUGAUGAUGGUUCUUUGUCACCACACUGUGCUUUUGAUGAAUGCUUGGAUGAAUCUGCUCAUGCGGAAGCAAUUCUUACUGCCUUGAAUGAUGUAGCUUCUUCAAGCAGAAGGCAUGGGGGAUGGACAUCUUCUGAAGAUGAAGCAGAUGCCAUGGAACAAGAUGAAGAUUCCGAAACAGAAAGAGCAAGAUUAAGUUUCAAGGAGCACCGGCGGGCUCACUAUGAUGAAUUCCGCAAGGUGAAGGAAUUACUACGGACUGGAUCUCUUGUAGAUAAUGAGGCCGAUGAGGACAACAACGGCCAGGAAAAGGGUGAGGAUUCAACUUCUUUGAUGGAUGGUGUGAAGGAAGCUGACCGUGGAGAGGCUCAAAAUACCAAGCUAAAUCAACAUCCGAAGAUGCAUCCUCCAUGUGAUGCAGUCUAUAAAUAAUAUUUGUUGUUAGUUAAGGUAGCAUCAGAGUUUAGCAUCGAAAUGCAUGAUUUACUCUCUUUUGUUGCAAAUGCUGGUUCAUGACUGAGCAAAAUCUGGGGUAGCACAAUCUGUUUCUCACAACAUUACUUUGCAAAGUGAAAUCUCCAGAUCUCCAAUCCAUGUAAACGUUGAUUGUUUUAUUUCGCAGUUUUCUUUCUUUGGUGAGAGCAAAUAUUUCUGUAAUUUCAGAAGUAACAUGUUGCAAGACUUUCAUGAAAACCGUGUAAAUCCUGUAGCCAGGUGGUGGCCUGUCAUUGAAUAAUGUGGGUACAGAAAUCUGAGACCGAGAAUGCUGUUAAUAUAAUUUUUUUUCUUGGGAAAUGGUAAACAAUUCUGUGAU